GUGUGGGCCUCCCAAAAUCAGUUUUCCCUGAGUCCAAAGUUCAACACUCCAAUCAUACUACCUUUUAUGCACUUGUUCGGGUGUUGGGCCGCAUAUUACGAUCCAUAAAAGGGUGUAUAUAUAAAAGUAAGGAAAGAUAAAAAAAUCAAUAUAAUUAAAUAAAUAAAUAUAAGAAAAUAAUAAAUAUAUGUUUGUCGAUUUUUUUUAAAAAAUAUGCAUAAAUAACUGUAUCAUAAAGUAAAAUACAAAUGUUACAUAUGCUUACAUUAAACAAAAUAAAUUAUGAAAAACCGUAUAAAUAAAAUAGCCAAGAGGGACACAGCAUAGUCUCUAUAUAGAAAUAUGUAUUGUGAUUAAAUAUUUAAAAUAAUUUAUUUUUAAAUACACGAUAAAUGAAGUUUUUUAAUAUGUAUUUUUAAUGUAAAAAGCCAAAAUAGCAUAUAUACUUUAAUUUCUAAUUAAACAUAAUAAAUAUAUUAUAAAUGAUCUACGAUACAAAUAAACUUUUAUAUAAUAAUCUUUUGAAUUUUUUAUUCAUUACAAUGUGAUGCAAAUGACUAGAUUGGGAUAGAUGUGUGAUUGAUUAGAGUUGGGAGGGGUGAUAGCGUCUGACCACUCAAGUAACCAGGUGAGAUGUGUUUAGAAAUGGAAGUAAAAUUGGAUGUUUGGAAUGUUAGUAAAGACGAAGAUAGAAAAGAGACAAACCACUAAACCACGAAAAUUAGGAAAAUAAUAUAUUAACGAAAAAAUUAAGAAACGAUGAAAAAUAAUUUCUUCCCAUUGUAUAAACUAGAAUUUUAUAUAAAAUACAUAUAGUUUUUAUCGUGAAUAUGUAGUACAGUUUUUUAAUAUUUUAUAUUAUAAACUUAUUACUAUUUUUAUAUUUUCGUAGAAUCAGAAAUAUAAUUUACUAUUAAUAAAAUUGCAAAUAUAAACUUUUGUUGUAUCUAAUUUACAAUGCGUUGGUCAUAUAAUUUGUGAUUGCAAAUUAAAUUAUUAAUUUACCUGGUUACUUUAAAUUGGCUAUAUAUAUAUUAAAUAAGCAUUGUAUUUUAUGUAAGCAAUGUUUGUGUUUUCUAUAUGUCUUUAUAAUUUACACAUCAAAUAUUCUUAAACAUUUUAAUUAAAAUAAGUAACUAAAAAAUUUAGAUAUUGUGUAUUUUAUUCUCAAAAUAACAAUUUAAUUGUUAAUUUAUUUAAUGAUUUUUGAAAAACAUAUAAAUUGGUAAAGAAUGCAAAUUAACAUAAUACAAUCUAAAUAGUACAAUUUCUAAUUAUCUAUUAGUGGUUUUUGUUAACUUAAAUAAACAAAAUCAUUUGUGGACUACAUAUUAAUUAAAUGGUAAUUUAAAAGAUAUUUUGUUUUAAAUUUAAUAGGUUAAUUCUCAAUAAUUUGAUCUACUUAUUUAAAAUUGUGUAACAAUUGAUUUUCUUUUAUAGUAGGGUUAAUGUCAAUAGAUAGGUUUGACUGCAUGGCUAAAAAGCUAUAUCCCAUCUCUGUAUUUCAGAGACAAUUGUACUCCCUGAACACUAGUUGCUAAUGAAAUGACUUACACCAAAAAGAUAGAAAGUAGAAGAAUUUUUUACCUCCUAGGACACAUUUUGUCUUUGGAAUUACACAUUAACACACUCCUUGCUGGAGGCACACAUUCUUCAUGUGCAAUGUCCUACAUACCCUCAAUCUUAUGAAACCUUAUCUAAUACUAACUAGAGGAACUAACUGGACAUCCUAACUAAGGUUAAAAGUAUUUUGAUUUUUUUAUUGAAUAUUCUUUAUUUGUUUGAAUUUCGAAUUUCAAAAAUAUAUGUUCAAUUAAAACAUUAUCCUAUAUGCUUUUACGAUUCCCCCAAUUGACAAACCCUAGACUGGGCGACUCACUCUCCCUCGAUUGUCUCCUUCAUCGUCACCUUCUUCACCUUCUCCACCAAAUCAAACCCAGAAAUCUCCAAUCCUCGAUUGUCUUCUUCAUCUCCACCUUUUCUUCAUUCUCCUCCCGCGAAUCAUGACGAAACCGCAGUGUAAGAAGAAGAAAGGAAAGACGACGCAGCAGACGCCACCAACGCAAAUCGACGGAACAGUCGGAGAAGACCUCCGUCUCCCACCCAGAUUAUUCGCAACUGAUAGGUUCCCCGUCAGGCGACUCAAUAUCUACUCCUCGCCGGAGAUUCUGCCGUUCAUUCGCCAUGUUCUCCGAGGUACUCCGGAGUUCGAUACUAUUCGCCAGUCACCUUUUGGGAAGCUUUUCGACAUCCCUGCCCGCCAAGCUCCAGUUUCCUGUAAGAUGAUUCAUUCCUUCCUCUCGCGUCAACUUCUAUGUCUUCCAGAACACACGCUCUGGACGGCUUUUGGUGGGAAGCCUCUCCGUUACGGUCUCCAAGAGUUUGGUACCGUCACCGGCUUAGACUGUCGGCCCUUCCCGGAAGGGUAUCACCCAGACAUUGCUAAAUCUGUUGUUCCUGGCAAAGACAACGUAUGGAAAAGAGUUAUUGGCAAGAAGAAGACCAUAACGAUUGCGGAACUAUGUCGUAUGCUCGAAACAGGUCACAAGAUGUCUCAAUGGAGGAAGAUACGACUUGCGUUGAUUAUCAUCGUCGACGGCGUCCUCUUUGCUUGAAUACGCGCUCAGGUGAUUGCGGCCCCGUCAGCAUGAAGUUUCUUGAGAUGCAUGCCCAUGGUGACCCAAUCCAUCACAUGGAGAGCCUAACAGACAAAGCAGUUGACGACAUAAGGAAGCAGUACGCUCUGGACAUCUACAAGACUAUUGUCAUGCCAUCUUACUAUGCUCUCCGCUUGCCUUUAGCCUAAGUAUCUCUUCUUAUAAAACGUUGUUCGACUUACUCCUACCUUUUGUGUAACAUAUGGGAGUUUAGGACCUGUUGUUUUAUGUUUUGGGUGCGAUGCUUGCCACUUUCGGGCAAGAAACUACAUACGCUGUGCUUACUUAAUGUUUAAACUUUAAGUUACGGAUAA